AUGGGAUCGUCCUUGCAGAGGCAGAUGGCCUGUUCCGUGUGCCUGGCUGUUGCCGCUCCCAGCGGCCCCACUGGCCAGGGCGUAGAUCAGAGCCUUGCGCUCACUGCAGUGGUGCCGGCCAACCAAGCUGUGAAGCUGUCGGUCACCUACAGUGCAGCGAAGGAAGUCCGAGCGCAGAUUUGGUAUAGCGAGAAUGACCAGAACUUCGCGACCAAUUCGAACCGCUACAUCGGUAAAGGCCCACAUGUCUACACACUGGAGGAGCAAGCACGCGAUCGCAGUUACGUGAUCUCUGGCUGGAGCAAGAACUGCAGGCGCAGGCGCAACUGUGCAAAACUCCCGUGGGUUCAAGAGCCAUGCCACGUUUUUGACGACUACCGGACUGUGGGCUUCGAGGACAGCCACGAUGGCCCAUAUGUGCCGGGGAGCGGCACCUAUGACGACAUCAGGGUCACCAUGACCUGCUUGAAUGAUGUCGACAAUUGCCCCGACUGGAAGCAGAGGCGCCUUGGAAAUGCCACCAUUUUUCCCUGA